AUGCCGCGGCAACGACGCGAACUCGAUGCCCUGCGCACUCUCCGCCCAGCCGUCCUAGGCCUUGGCAAAGCCCUUGCUUUGGGCUACUCGACCGUGACCGCCGCCCCAACAUCGAUUCGGCCGUGGGACCACCAUGACAACGUGCCCGAGGUGGAGGACGGCGCUGGGCUAUGGAUUCUCUACAUUGUUUCCAUGAUCCUCGUCCUGGCCGGCGGUGCCUUUGCUGGUCUGACCAUUGCCUUGAUGGGCCAGGACAGCAUCUAUCUCCAAGUCGUCUCGCAGGACCCGGAGGAGCCGCAGCGUAAGAACGCGAAGAGGGUCUUGUCGCUACUGAACAAGGGGAAGCACUGGGUUCUGGUGACUUUGCUCCUGAGUAACGUCAUAGUCAACGAGACCCUACCCGUUGUCCUAGACCGAUGCUUUGGUGGUGGUGUGGCUGCCGUCGUGGGAAGUACUGUGCUGAUUGUCAUCUUCGGCGAGGUCCUCCCUCAGUCUAUAUGUGUGCGCUACGGCUUACAGAUUGGUGGCUAUAUGUCGAAACCUGUGCUCUUCCUCAUGUGGGCAAUGUUCCCCCUUGCGUGGCCUACCGCAAAGCUUCUCGACAAACUUCUCGGUGAAGACCACGGCACCGUCUACAAGAAGAGUGGACUGAAGACCUUGGUGACACUCCACAAGUCCGUCGGAGAUGUCGGCGAAAGGUUGAACCAGGACGAGGUUACGAUCAUCAGCGCCGUGCUGGAUUUGAAGAGAAAGCCUGUCGAGGAGGUCAUGACUCCCAUGGCUGAUGUCCUGGUCUUAUCCGAGGAUACUGUACUGGAUGAGGAGAUAACAUCACUCGUCUCGGAUGCGGGUUUCUCUCGCAUCCCAAUCCACCGGGCAGGAAACGAUAGAGAUUUUGUUGGUAUGCUGUUGGUCAAGAUGCUCAUCACGUACGAUCCUGAGGAUGCCAAGCGAGUUAGGGACUUCGCAUUGGCUGCGCUCCCAGAAACACGCCCUGAGACGAGUUGUUUGGAUAUUCUCAACUUCUUCCAAGAGGGGAAGUCACACAUGGUUUUGAUCUCUGAAUACCCUGGUGAAUCGCAUGGGGCUCUCGGUGUCGUCACCCUGGAGGACGUUAUUGAAGAGCUGAUCGGAGAGGAAAUCAUUGACGAAUCUGAUGUGUACAUUGAUGUACACAAGGCCAUCCGCCGCAGUCACCCGGCACCGAAGGCUCGAGUCCAGCGCAAGGAUGUUAUGGUGAAGGAUGUCGCUGUCAAGGAUGGAAAGCUGAUCGACCUGGAUGAGGAAGAAGAAGAUGGCCAUCGCUUGCAACUUAGCCGGACAGCGUCCCUCACUGGUAGGAACGACUCGUCCGCGAUAUUGUCGAGCAGUCCGAGAACCACUUUGUUGAUGCGCAGGAGCUCGACGGGCCAAGACGGCAAGAUGGUCCACACGACGGUUCCGGUCAAGGCCAAUUACGAAGAGAUGAGGGGCCACCUAAAGCAUCUAGGUCCAUCCAACCCAGCGUCAAACCCAAAGAGCACCAAGGUAUCAACGGUCAAGAUCAAGCAAGGCUCUGGAAAUCAAAGCCGUUCCGCGUCCGUUGCAUUGGACCCUCACCCAGCAGAUUCAGCUGAUACCGACGGGGUCAACGAACGCACAAGCCUGUUGAGACCAGCUCCGAACGGGAAGGAGGCAAGCUAUACGGACCCAUCUCCACCCCCGCCUGAGCCCACGCCGCCGAAACUCAUUGUCACCGGUAACGAGGGUGCGGAUGAAGAUGGAGCCCAGGGGUCAGAAACAGUUGGUCAUAUAAAGGCUGCCGUGAGCAGCACCUCGCUCGCAGGGUCUGCCAAGAGUAUCGCAGCGUCCCCUACCGGCAACCUCAUGUCGGCUAUAGAGCGCCGUCAGACAAACAGGGGCAGCGUUCGUAGCGGCAGCAUUACCGAAAUUGAAGUGAAGAUGGGUGGCGUGCGCAAAUUCGUCCUCGAAGCCACUAGCUCUGGCGAAGACGAAGAGGGCGAAGGCAGCAAGUCUAGUCCUACGUUAGGCCAAGUGCCAGAGGAGCAUCACGAGGACAUCCACUCCGAUGCUGUGGCCUCCGAAACCACAGACAAGUCCGCCGCCGAGACCAGUCAAGGCAGUUCGAAUAAGAAGAAGAACAACCGCCGCAAGAAGAGAAAGGGUGGCAAGUAG